UAAAGCAGUCAGCUGUUACAAACUUGAUAAAGUAUCUUUUGUUUACCUGUUUUUUAAACAUACCAGAGAAUUUAUAAUGAGUGACGAUGAUCGAGAUAUUGACAUUGAGAGUGAUGAAGAUGACUAUUCCGAUUCUAGGCAAAUGCAUUCAAACAAUACCCAAUGUUCUGCUCAAGAAGAAAAACGGGCACACCAUAAUGCACUAGAACGGAAACGUCGGGAUCACAUCAAAGAUAAUUUCUCUAUCCUUAAAGACCAUGUACCUACGUUGCAAGGAGAAAAGGUUGCAAGUAGGACACAAAUACUCAAGAAAACUGCUGAGUAUAUACAGUUUAUGCAACGCAAGAAUUCCUCCCAUCAACAGGAUAUUGCUGACUUAAUGCGCCAGAAUAAGCUCUUGCGGUCUCAAAUUGAGAUCUGUAAGAGAAGCCGUCAACGCUAACGUCAACUGCAGUCGGUAUGGAAAAAUUUUAUAUGCUUAUAAAUAAUAUACAUGUUAUAUGUACAUAAAUAAAAUAUUUAUAAUCUUAUCG